AACUUCAGUUUCCUCAGAACGUUGGUCAUGAAACGUUUCAUUUUAUUAUGUCUGGUGAUUGUGUGUGCGGCUCGUCACAACCACGGCCGUGACCGUGACCACGACGACAGCGACGAAAGCGAUCAUGACAAUCAUGGGCGUGACCACAACCAUGGACAGAACCACAACCAUGGGACCGAUUACUACAACUAUAAAAAAAAAUAUUAUCAUCAUGGUCAGCGUGGUCACGGGCACCUCAAUAUUAGCUCAGAAGACCCCAUAGUCCACAGUUCACCUGGGGAGUUCGUGGGAGGCUACAACGUGACGAGACGCGGCAGACGCUUCGAGAGCUACCGGGGCAUACGAUACGCUCAGCCACCCGUGGGUGUACUGCGGUUCCAGCCUCCAAGACCGAUCCACUACUACCCGGAUAUGGUGGACGCACGAGAGGACGGACCAGCGUGCCCUCUCCCCGCACCGCCUGGAUAUCCCGUGGACGAAGAUUGCUUGACUCUUAAUGUGUAUACCCCCUUGAGGAGCGAGAGAAAAGGAAAACUCCCAGUGAUCUUCUUCAUCCAUCCGGGAGGUUUCUACUCCAUGACGGGUCGCAGCGAUCUGGCUGGACCACAUUAUCUCCUGGAUAGGGAUAUCGUGCUGGUCACUAUUAACUACAGACUCGGGGCUCUUGGAUUCCUCAGCACAGGUGACGAGUUGGCUCCCGGCAAUAACGGGUUAAAGGACCAAGUGGCAGCUCUAUGGUGGGUGCAGAAGAACAUCAGAGCGUUUGGUGGAGAUCCUGAUAACGUGACGGUGGCGGGUUGCAGCGCUGGCUCGUUCAGUGCUAUGCUGAUGAUGAUGUCGCCUAUGACACGAGGUCUCUUCCACCGAGCAAUCUCCAUGAGCGGUUCACCAAUCGGCAAGGAGCCACUCCCAACGGAACAGAAACACCUCGCAGUGAAGCAGGCGGAACUACUGAACUGUCCCACUAACAGUUCUAAGGCUAUUAUUGACUGCUUGAAGACAAAACCUUGGAAGGAGCUGGGCGACUCGCUGCCUGGAUUCUUUGAAUUCGGUCGCUUCGACCCCGUGCUCCUGUGGUCACCCGUGGUCGAACCCGACUUCGGCCAGGAGCGGUUCCUCACCAUGCAACCAGACGUGGCCAUUAGAGAGAGAAAGUUACAUGCCGUACCUAAUAUUAUCAGCCAGACACAGGAUGAGUUCUUCUGGUUUGCUUACUACGUAACCACCAACGAGACACUAUACAAACAAAUGAACCAAGACUGGGACCGCAUAGCUCCCAUAGCUUUCCUCCUCCCGCGCGACAACGCGACGCUCCCCGCUAGAACACUACGUAAGGAGUAUCUGGGAGAUCAACCUUUGAAGAACGAUGCGAGUAGUUCAAGGAAUUUGGGCAGAUUGUAUGCGGAUUCUAUUGAGAGCUUGCCGGUUUAUAGAAUGGCGAAGCUUAUGACGAACUACUCUCCGGAACCAGUCUACGAAUAUGAAUGGGCGUAUAUCGGAAACCACAGUCACUUUGAAGACCCUAACACUAACAAACCAUUAGGCGCGGCUCACCACGACGAUUUAAUUUAUUUGUUCACUUUGAGCUAUCGGUUUCCCGCCAUCGGGCUAGAAGGAGAAGACGCCAAAUUAGUUGACAGGAUGACAGCAAUUUGGUACAAUUUCGCGAGAUACGGUGAUCCAAAUCCUCGUGAAGACACACCAGAAUUGGAAGGACUUAAUUGGCCAAGAACAACGCCCGAAGAUAUGCCGUAUCUGCGAAUAGAUAACAACUUUACACUUAAAAAAAAUCUGUUCAAAGAUAAAGCUGUUGUAUGGGACUCCCUGUAUCCUAUGGAGUAUUAAUUUAUUAUCAUAAAAUGUAUGUUUUAUAAGAAACUGUUUAAAAUAUAAAAAGUUUAUUGUUGCAAAA